CUACGCGCGAGUUCCGGACGAAAUGUAAAGUUUGGUGACUUUUGAAGGAUUUGUCAAUUGUCAACUUAUUUCAAUUUGCAAGAUGGCCGAGGGGCGAUCGCGAGUGCAGCAAAACGACCUGCUGCUUCACGAGGCCGUAAUCAAGAAUGAGCCCGAGGCCGUGCGCGAGGCCCUGCGGAGGCCGACAGACGUCAACUGCAGGAAUAACUACGGCCGCGCGCCUAUCCACUGGGCGGCGAGUCGCGGCAACGUGGAGAUUGUGAACCUGCUCAUAGACGCCAAGUGCGACAUAGAAGCUGCUGACAAGUUCGGUAUGCGGCCGCUGCUCAUGGCGGCGUGGCACGGGCACUUGGAAGCCGUCAAGACGCUGGUCGAUGCAGGAGCGUGCCUCGCAGCCAUCAAUAAGAAAAACAACGACGUCCUCCAAUGCGCGUGCAGCCGAGGCGCGACAGAUGUCGCUGCAUACGCCAUCUCCCUCGGAGCCAAAGUUCAGAACACCGACAACGCAGGAGACGCCCCGUUGGCGUUGGCGGCCAGAUCUGGGCACACGACUACAGUGGAGCUACUGUUAGAUAACGGGGCUGACAUCGAUGCUGUCAAUAAGAGCGGACGCACAGCGUUACACGUGGCUUGCGAGGGCGGGCACUCGACAACCUGCGCUCUUCUAGUGACCCGUGGGGCCGACCGGGAGUUCAGAGAUCAAGCGGGGCGAACCCCUUUACAUCUGGCUGCAGUUCAUCGGCAUACAGAUCUAGUGAGGACACUUCUGGACCACGGGUGCAAUGUGGACGCUACUGACCAGGAGUUCAGAGAUCAAGCGUGGCGAACACCUUUACAUCUGGCUGCAGUUCAUCGGCAUACAGAUCUAGUGAGGACACUUCUGGACCACGGGUGCAAUGUGGACGCUACUGACCAGAACGGUGUGACAGCGCUUCAGAUGGCGUGCGCACAGGGCUGUCGCGGCAUUGUCGAGCAUUUGCUCGCCUUCAGCGCCGACGUGCAUCUGCAGAAUAAUGUGGGAUCGUCAGCUCUGCACGCGGCGUGCGCGGCCGACGCCACUGACAUCGUGGAAAUCCUGCUGGCUCAGGGCGCUGACCCGGCCCUCACCGACCAGUGGUCACGUUCUCCGGUGAGCAUCGCCGGUGGCGCCUCCGACGGGCCUCCGGAAGGCUUCCGCCGAGCGGCGAGAGGCUCCUUCUCCGCCAUAUUAGGCCUACUCACUGCCACAGCUAACCUAGACCACCAGGAGCACUCGGACGGGUCAACCACGCCGCGGGACAAGUCAGGCGGACACUCACCCGCUGCUAGCGAAGGUGUGGAAGGCGAGGGCGAGAGGUGAUGGUCAGCGACGGUGCUGCUGGACCGCCUGGCGCAGCGCGGCUUCGCGGCCGACACACGACUUGCGUUGCCGCCCACAGGUGGGACACUACCUUACUAUGGCAUAUUCUUAAUCUAAGGCAUGAGUAGACGCUCGAGCGUUCGAUUCGGCGGCGCGUGCAGUGUGGACUGUAGACUCAUCACAAACACUAAACGCCUAUAUAUUCCGGGAUUCGAGCCAAGGAUUGGCUUUAGCAGGUAGGGCCACAAACCACUAGACGAGACAUAUCGUCAAACAGCGUGUCAGGUGUAGUGUGAGCUUACUCUAGCUUACUUGCUACUUAAAGGUUAUGCUGCAGACUCCUUGACAAGUCGCUAGCGUCAAACGGGGAUAGUUUUCACGGACGUCUUUAAAAUAGACAGAAAAAACUAAAAAUAUUUUACUUAUAAAAGUAACAGCGUAAUAUGUAGAUAUAAUAAACAAGUACAGUUAUAAGAUAAGCUACCAAUAUCUAAGGUUAAUGUCUAAUUAUCAUAAUUUAAAAUGUAUUGUUCAAUAAACUCGUCAAGCACUUCCAAUACAACUUUCUUGUAAGCGUCAUCAUUUUCCAUCAUGUUCUUCAUAAAAGUAGUUUUGUCAUUCAACAUUAUCUCAUCGAAGAGCGCAGAAUCCUUGGAUAUGUUUGUCAUCAUAUCAUCGUCGAGCCAGAACGUUUGCAUCAAGCAGGCAUGCGUCACAAGCCCCCAAAGAUUCUGUUCUUCUGCUGAACUCAUAAAAUUAUCCUUAGUUAAAAAAUCUUCAAUAUCGAUGUUAUGAUUCCCGAGUACUACUUUAAGUUCCUCGUAGUAAUAGGUCAAAAAGGUGUCGAGGUUUUCCUUUCGAUAACGAGGUGUCAAGUUGCAAUGAAGAAGUUGCAUAACGUCGCCCGCUGGAGGCAUGCAGCGCACAGCGGCAAAGUCCACGAACACACAAUUGUCAGGCACCACACAUUCAUCUUCUAGCCUCUUAUAAUGAAACAGCAUGUUAUUAUUCCACAAAUCUCUGUGACAUAACACGUUACGAUGCUUUUUCGACGGCUCGGCUAAAAUCAAUACGGAGUUAAACACGGUGUCCCACCGGUUCUCAAUGGUUUUCAUGGCAUCCGUGUGUCUAUAUUUUGAGAAUGCCUCAACGGCGUCUAAAGCUCCUCUCCUGCACUGGACAAACCAGGAAUCUGUUUCGAUGAAGCCUCCUGUCCCUAGUUUUUCGUUAUAAUGUUCUUCAAGUUUAUAAGGGCGCUGUAAUUCUUUAGUCCUGGUCUGCUCGAAGAUGAUGGAACUGGCGUGGAACCUAGCGAGAGCUUGGAGAGCUUGCUGAGUGUGCUGCUC